GUGCUGUGCGCUCUGUGCGCAAUAGUGCGCAGCCGCAGCGCCGCAUGGUCUCGCUCGUUGAUCAACCAUAGCGAUGCUAAUUGCAUCUAACGUCUUUAUCAAUAUAAUGAGCACAUGGAAGUUGAUACAGCGACGGUGUUACGACUUGCUUUCGUAUAAGUACUCAUUGCUUGUGAUACUGGUGGCGUUUACUUGCAUAUUCAUCGGCAUAGUGCACUUUGGAGAGGUUAGAAUGGUAUGGUUAAUAUGGAGCAAAGAAAAGUAUGAGGCGGUCUUUCACUCCUUCAACGACAAUAUCCUCGGGAAGUCCUUCCAAAAGAAAUUGUGCCAACACGUCCCCAUAGACGUGGUUUACACCUGGGUGAACGGAUCUGACCCGGCAUUUUUAGAGAAUCUCCAGAGGCAUGUCUCCGUCGUGGACCUCGGCGCUGCGGCCUCGAGAUUCAGUGACAAGGACGAGCUGCGUUACUCGCUGCGAUCGUUGGAAAUGUACGCGCCCUGGGUGCGGCACGUUUAUAUUGUCACCAACGGCCAGAUACCGAGUUGGCUCGACAUGGACAAUCCCCGGAUGACCUUGGUCACUCACGAGGACAUUUUCCUAAACAAAAGUGAUUUACCAACCUUUUCUAGUCCUGCUAUUGAAAGUCAUAUUCAUAGGAUACCCGGAGUCUCCGACAAGUUCUUGUAUUUUAACGACGACGUCAUGCUGGGCGCCGAGAUAUGGCCGGAGGACUUUAUAACUCAGGCGGGCGGGCAGAAGGUAUACCUGGCGUGGUGGGUUCCCGACUGCUCCGAGAUCUGUCCAUGGGCGUGGGUCGGCGACGGGUCGUGCGAUCACGCUUGUAACACAACACUGUGCGAGUUUGACGGUGGAGACUGCCAGACGACUGAUGCCCCUAUAGAUAGUGAGGUGAUGGAAGAGGAGGACGAUUAUCCGUACAAGUAUCUGCAGGAUUCUCGUGAAAAUAACGAGCUGAAGCUAUUGAGCGUCUUACGUAAUAGAAAUGUCGCUCGUCCGUCGCGAAAGGAUGCGCUAAAAUCCACAGUUCAGUCGUCGCAUUCGUAUAAUCUCGGUACUACCUCCAAGCCGCUCCGUACGUUUCGCAAUCUCGGAAAUAGCAGUUCUAAGGACGUGCAAACGCAAGGUGUCAAAACUGACGGCGGGAGGAAUUAUAAGUCUUUAAGAAAUUUCAAGUCUGUAUAUUCCAAAUUCUUACACGCAAACGUCUCGAACAAAACUGCGUAUCGUAUCAAACGUUUGAAGCGUUAUCGCAAUAUGAAUGCGGUGCAGUCCAACAACUCUAUCAAGUUCGAUAAAUUUACAUAUCCAAACCAGUGGAAACGUAACGCACGAGGGUUGGACACCUAUGCGGAGUCCUUGUUAUAUGUCAAUAAGAUCUACAACGCCGUUUACGGCCUCGAACGAAGGAGAGUGCCGGCGCACAUGCCGCACUUAAUAGACAAGCGAGUCGUGAGUAGCAUGCAGGAAAAGUUCGUUGUUGAAUUUAAGAAAACGUCUAGUCACAAAGUGAGAGAUCCCGAGGACAUGCAGUUUGCAUUUUCCUACUUUUACUUUUUAUCCAGUGAGAAGCGACGAGUGCCCGUCGGGGAGAUAUUUGAGACGUUCGACACCGACAAAUCGCGCACUUGGUCGGACAGGGAGAUAAGGACGCUCUUAUCCAGACUGUACCCGCUGCCACUCGAUUAUAAUCUAGUCAUGGAAUUUGAAAACGAGAUCAUAAAUUGCUCGCGUCGCGCAAAUCUGGAAAUUGUUCGUGUUCCACCCGGAGAAAGGUAUCUGGACUCCACUCUUCCGGUGGUCUCCAAGGAGUUGAUAUUGAACUGCGAAUCAAUCUUCAGGAGGAUGCAAUCGAAAUUCGGCAAAGGUAACCGGUAUCCGCAUGAAAUAAUAAAGGCUGGCAAGAAUGAAAUUUUCGAGAUGUUGACCAGUAAUGUUUCCUUAACGGUACAGUUGCUCGACGAAAUUCGGAGAGAUCCGAAGAAGUUUAUCUGCUUGAACGACGACAUCGACCCCAUUCGACGUUCCGAAAACGAGAUUGUCCGCGCUCUGUUGAAUGAUUUUUAUCGCUCGCUGUAUCCGCUGCGAAGCACGUUUGAAUUGCCGUCGCAAUAUCGCAAUCGCUUCUCCCACCUACACGAACUCGUUGAGUGGCGAGCGAGUCGUGCGAAAGCUAGAAACCUAUUACUGUGCCUUCUGGCGUUACUUGUUAUGCUUACGUUCUAUCACGUACUCUAUCAUCACAUGCGCAGAUUGUGCAGAACUCGAGAAUUAUCUACAUUUCUAGCGUGAAUAAUUCCCACACAGCACAGAAAGUUCGCAGGAAGAUUGCAGAAAUGUUACAUUGCAAGAUUGCAAUAUUGC